GACGGGCUCUCUUAUGUCAUUCCCUUGUGUACUCGCAAUGACCACAUGCUCUCCUUUAUAAGCAAUACCAAUUGAAGACUCGCCAAACUUUUCUUUUCCUUCCUUCCUUCCCUCUCAACUCUCCACUCUCUACAGCUGCAAUUCUCCUUCUGUCGUCCCUCUCCUCCGCUUCUUCUCUGCUACUAUCACUGGGGGUGAAUUUCAGCCUUACCAAAUUGAAAGAAAUGGGCACCUGUUUCUCUUGUUCAGUCUUCAGUGAAUCUCAGCUUCUUCCCCCUACAGCAAAGGUUGUUUCUGUUAAUGGCAAUCUCGAGGAAUACUAUGUUCCUGUAUUUGUCUCUCAAGUCCUCGACUCUGAAGCUGCAUCAUCCUCGUCUUCAUCAUCGUUCUCAUCUUCUUACUUCCUCUGCAAUUCUGACUUUUUAUCCUAUGAUGAUUACAUUCCGGCCUUGGAUUCCAACGCUCAGCUCUACGCUAAUCAGUUAUACUUUGUUCUUCCUAGAUCUAAACUUCAAAACAGGCUGACCGCUUCUGACAUGGCAGCUUUGGCCGUAAAAGCUAGUGUAGCCAUCCAAAAUGCGUCGAAGAAAGAAGCUCAUCGGCGUAAGAAGGCCAGGAUUUCUCCUGUUUCGUUAGGCAAUCAGUUCCCUUCAUUAGAUGAUGAUGGCCAUGUUAUUAAGUCGUUUGAGAAGCCACAGGCACAGCAGCAAUCACCUGUAGGGCUUUCGAGAUCCGGGUCUGUUAGAAGAUUACGAAAGUAUACUUCCAGACGAGCGAAAUUAGCUGUUCGCUCCUUUAAGCUCAGAUUAAGCACCAUUUACGAAGGGACAGUGCUUUGAGUUUUUUUUAUUUGUUUAAUUUUUUUUAAUUUUCUAGGAGAACGUUAAUCCAAUUUUGAAGUGGGGGAAGAAAGCCAGGUCAAUCAAAUUUUCAUAUAUUUUUUUUUGGUAGACAAUUUUCAUAUGUUAAUUACCGUUUACAUAACUUCUAUAUAGUUUCCUGUAAAAAACAAUUAAUGAAGAUUGUUCUGAACAUCUGUAACUGAUUUAGUUUUUGUCAUCAUCAUUUUUCAAUCUUUAGUUAGUUAAUUUACCCAUCGUAAAAUUCCUUUCA